UUCCUUUCGCCGCAUUGACGAGCAGCGUUUGUCUUCCUCUCUUCUGCAAUGGAUCGUGCUCAAUUGUUGUUGCUCGGAUUGCCGCUUUUCCUCUUUUGUUCUGACCUUAUCGGCCUGUUCUCUCCGCCUCCAGCGAAGCCCCCUCAUGGCCGCCACCACCACCAUCACCACCACCACCAGCAGCCGCCGCCCCACUCGCAGCAGCGAACAGCUGUUGACCCUGAUACCAUGGAGUUUCCCUCUGAGAAAUCGAGCGGUCUUGGAGGCGUGGGUCUUGGUAACACUGUAAACAUCAAUUUCUGUGCUUCCUGCUCCUACAGGGGAACAGCAGUAACUAUGAAGACUAUGCUGGAAACUCAAUUUCCAGGGUUAGAUGUUGUCCUUGCAAAUUAUCCCCCACCACUCCCAAAACGUCUGCUGAGCAAAGUGGUUCCAGUUGUGCAGAUUGGUGUUAUAGCGGUCGUAAUGGCAGGGGAACAGAUUUUUCCAAUGUUAGGUUACGUGGCACCACCUCCUUGGUAUUAUAACUUGCGUGCUAAUAAGUUCGGAACCAUGGCUAGUACCUGGCUUCUGGGGAAUGCCUUGCAGUCGUUCCUACAAAGUUCUGGAGCAUUCGAAGUUUACUUCAAUGACGAACUGGUGUUCUCUAAACUGAAAGAGGGAAGGUUCCCCGGAGAGAUUGAGCUGAAAGAACUCGUUGGCAGAAAGAUGUCAAAUGCAAGGCUUGCUGUUGGUGUGCCAGAAUUGUGGUCCUAGGUUCUUAUGCCUUUCAUGAAAGAUGCUAGUGGACUUCCCUUUUCUUUGUGAAGUAGAUGCCAUUAUACCAAUAGCCAAGUAAUGUCAUAUUGUAGGGUUUUCAUCUCUGUAGUUAAUAAUACUGGAACCUUAAUUGUCCAUGUGCAAAAAACCGAUUUUUAGUUCUUUCAGGCUUGUCUUGCGUCAGAUUCUUCUUGUUUUUUGGCCAACUCUUAAGUCAGAAAUUAAUAUUUACACUA